UACUCUCCUUCCCUUUCAGAUACUUUGAGGAGAGGUGGUAGCAUUUUGUGUGGGGGACAGUCCAUGUAUAGUAGGCAUAGGCGAUCGUCAUCACUUCCCGAUAAGAGGAGAAUUGCCUCGAGAAGUGCUCGGGGUGUUCUCCCCUUGCUUUCUAAUAACGGUGAUGGCAGAGGAGGGUCAUCUUUAGGAACUGGGCAUAGUGAUGAUGAGAUUUCUACUAAUUUUGGAGAGUUAGAUUUAGAGGCUCUGAGUAGAUUAGAUGGGCGGAGGUGGUCAUCAAGCUGUCGGAGUCAGGAUGAGUUAGGAAUUGUAGCUCUAAAUGGGGAAGGAGAAGAGGAAGGCACUCCGGAAAAUAUUAGGAGCUUGAGCCAGAAAUACAAGCCAAUGUUCUUUGAGGAAUUGAUUGGUCAGAAUAUAGUAGUUCAGUCCCUUAUGAAUGCUGUUUCGAGGGGAAGGAUUGCCCCUGUCUAUCUUUUUCAAGGUCCUCGAGGGACUGGAAAGACAUCAUCGGCCAGGAUCUUUUCUGCUGCUUUGAAUUGUCUAGCAACUGAAGAGACAAGGCCUUGUGGAUACUGUACAGAAUGCACUGAUUUCAUUUCUGGAAAAAACAAUUAUUUUUGGGAAGUUGACGGCACCAAUAAGAAAGGAAUUGAUAGAGUUAGGCACCUUUUGAGAAACCUGUCAGUGGCACUCCCACCUGGUUCCUCAAGAUACAAGGUUUUUGUAUUUGAUGAGUGUCACUUGCUGCCAUCAAAGACAUGGCUAGCAUUUCUCAAAUUUCUUGAAGAUCCAUUGCAACGAGUUGUAUUCAUAUUUAUUACAACAGACAUUGAGAAUGUGCCCCGUACCAUUCAAUCACGGUGUCAGAAGUACCUUUUCAACAAAAUUAAAGAGGGUGACAUUGCAGCCAGGCUUAGGAAAAUCUCUUCUGAUGAAAAUCUUGAUGUUGAAUCGGAGGCAUUGGAUUUGAUUGCUCUAAAUGCUGAUGGUUCACUUCGAGAUGCAGAAACUAUGCUAGACCAGCUAAGCUUGCUGGGGAAAAAGAUUACUACAUCUCUUGUAAAUGAACUUGUAGGAGUUGUCUCAGAUGAGAAGUUAUUGGAACUUCUGGAAUUAGCACUAUCAUCGGACACUGCAGAAACUGUGAAGAGGGCGAGAGAAUUGAUGGACUCGGGGAUUGAACCAAUUGUUUUGAUGUCUCAGCUUGCGAGCCUUAUUAUGGAUAUAAUUGCUGGAUCA